AUGGACGAUAACCUUCGCAUCUGGAGAAAUUUCAAGCUUGGAAAUUUGGUGGACCUGAUCAAUUUGGACACCAGACAAUACGACCGCUCCAUUACGCAUACCUACGCUAACACUAAUUACAUCAACAAGAUCAAAGAUGACGCCGGUCGUACUUUGAUGGGAAUCCGUCAGGAGGCCUGGUUGCAGCGUAACCUGAUUAAGUCGGUGGUGCUCACUGGUGCAUCCUCGGUAGUCAAAUCGAUCCUCCACGAUAACAACAGUGGCAACAACAUCGUCAUCGCGGGAGAUACCCACGUCAACUGGGUCAGCGAUCUGGCCUGGCUCGACUACAGCCCAUACGACUCCAGCAGGGGGCCGGCGCCAUCGAAGACCACUGUUUCUGCGGCAAACGAUACCUCCAAGCUGGUUUUCACUGACAGUGAGUGGUUGCAUUGGUCUGAGGGAUACUACCGCGCAUACUUUGAACUCAAUAUUACCCCAGAACAAGUUGGAGCUCAAUUCUUCGGCAUGCCUACCACCAAGGAGCGUAAUGCUGGGGAAAUCUCCCUGGCUAACUGA